UUUUUCUUCAUCACUUAUAGCACAACUAUCAUAAAUUUUUCUCUCUCCUCACUUUUUUUUUUCAAAAAAAAAAAUGGCUUCCUCAACAAUGGCACUUUCUUCUCCUUCUCUUGCUGGAAAGCCCAUCAAGUUAGGCCCAACACCCUCAGAAAUUCUUGGUGAGGGAAGAAUUACCAUGAGGAAGACAGCUGGAAAGCCCAAGCCCAUUUCAUCAGGAAGCCCAUGGUACGGCCCAGACCGUGUUAAAUACUUAGGCCCAUUUUCAGGUGAGGCCCCAUCUUAUCUUACUGGUGAAUUUCCUGGUGAUUAUGGUUGGGAUACUGCUGGGCUUUCAGCUGAUCCAGAAACUUUUGCUAAAAAUCGUGAACUUGAAGUGAUCCACUGUCGUUGGGCCAUGUUAGGUGCAUUGGGCUGUGUUUUCCCAGAACUUUUGGCCCGUAAUGGUGUUAAAUUUGGUGAGGCAGUUUGGUUUAAAGCUGGAUCACAAAUCUUUAGUGAAGGUGGGCUUGAUUAUUUGGGUAACCCAAGUUUAGUCCAUGCACAAAGUAUUCUUGCAAUUUGGGCCUGUCAAGUUAUUUUAAUGGGCGCUGUUGAAGGUUAUCGUGUUGCUGGUGGGCCACUUGGUGAAGUGGUUGACCCACUUUAUCCUGGUGGUAGUUUUGACCCAUUGGGCCUUGCUGAUGAUCCAGAAGCUUUUGCUGAGUUGAAAGUUAAGGAAAUUAAGAAUGGUAGAUUGGCUAUGUUUUCAAUGUUUGGAUUUUUUGUUCAAGCUAUUGUUACUGGAAAAGGCCCAAUUGAGAAUCUUGCUGACCACCUUGCUGACCCAGUUAACAAUAAUGCAUGGAAUUAUGCUACAAACUUUGUCCCUGGAAAGUGAAGUGUUUUUUGAGAAAAAAAAAAAAUGUUUGACACUUUUCAAUUUCAAUUGCUUUUUAAUGUAAAUUAUGGAAUGGAUUAAUGUAUUGAGUAUUUUGUGUGCUAA